CGCGUGACGGGGCGGGAGCGGCGGGAGCUGCGGGGGGAUGUGGCCGCUGCGCGCCGGGACCGGGCUGGGGCUGCUCCUGCUGGCCGCAGGUGUAACUCUGAGGCAAUCCCAAGAGCCCAAAGAGCUGUGGGGAUAUGUGCAGGUUCGACAUAAGGCCCAUAUGUUCUGGUGGCUCUACUAUGCAGAUAACCCAGCCAAAGACUUCACAGAGUUACCUCUCAUCUUGUGGCUUCAGGGAGGUCCAGGAGCUUCAAGCUGUGGAUAUGGGAACUUUGAAGAGAUUGGUCCAUUAGACAAAGAACUGAAACCAAGAAAUACAACCUGGUUGCAGGCAGCCAGCAUCUUGUUUGUGGAUAAUCCCGUGGGCACUGGAUUCAGUUAUGUGGAUGAUUGUAGCUUGUUUGCCCAAAACCUGACCACAGUUGUUUCUGAUAUGAUGGUUUUUCUUCAAGAAUUCUUCACAGGUAGAACAGAAUUCCAGACCAUCCCAUUCUACAUAUUUUCAGAGUCUUAUGGAGGUAAAAUGGCUGCUGGCAUUGCUUUAGAGCUUCAUGGGGCUGUCCAAAAAGGGAUCAUAAAGUGCAAUUUUAUGGGGACUGCUCUUGGAGACUCAUGGAUUUCUCCUUUGGACUCUGUUCUGUCUUGGGGGCCCUACCUUUACAGCACUUCUCUCCUUGAUGAUAAUGGUCUAGCAGAGGUGACUGCUGUUGCCAAGAAAAUAAUGGAUGCAAUAAAUACAAAUCAAUAUGGGCUGGCCACUGAACUCUGGGACAAGGCUGAAGUUGUCAUUGAAGAGAACACAGACAAUGUGAACUUUUACAACAUCAUGACUAAGGAGGUUCCAGAAAUUCAACUAAAUGAACAAGAUAAUCUCCAUCUCAGACUUUACCAACGCCAUGUCAAAACUAUGCAUAAGGACAGCCUGAGUGAAUUGAUGAAUGGACCCAUCAGAAAGAAGCUAAAAAUUAUUCCUGACUGUGUGAAAUGGGGAGGUCAGUCCAGAGAUGUCUUUGAGAACAUGGCAGAGGACUUCAUGAAGCCUGUCAUUGAUAUUGUUGAUCAGCUUUUGGCAGCCAAUGUCAAUGUCACAGUCUAUAAUGGGCAGCUGGAUCUCAUUGUUGACACCAUGGGCCAGGAGGCGUGGAUUCGGAAACUGAAAUGGCCUAAUUUGGACCAGUUCAGCAAGCAAAGGUGGAAGGCACUCUAUGUGUCUCCAGAAGCCACUGAGACAGCUGCUUUCCACAAGGCCUAUGAGAACUUUGCUUUCUUCUGGAUUCUUAAGGCUGGGCACAUGGUACCAUUUGACCAAGGAGAGAUGGCACUGAAAAUGGUCAGGAUGGUGACCCAACAGCAACACUAGGGAAGGGGGGACCAGCUGAUAUGUCUUCCUGCUGACUGCCAGUGCUCUUGAAGAGUGUGAAUCCAGAAUCAGAAGCCACAGGAGGAACAAUGGCUGUUUGGACACAAAGCUGCUCUGGUCUCACCAGCAACGUGUGCAGGCAACUUAGAGAAAGGCCCUUUUUUUUUUUUCUGGAAUGAUUUGUUGCUUUUGAGUUUGUAAGCUGUAACUUGCUGCCUUAACACAGUUCAUGACUCUUCCAGGACCAAGUCCACUGUCAUAAACAACUAGCUCUGAGCCUUUGCUUUUAAUUGAAGGAUUUUAUGCUUUUUUAAGAAGGUGCCCUUCCCUGAAUGUUCUUUUGUCUGUUCCCACACCAAGACUAAAACUGGUUUGAGCCCUGAUAGAUUUGCUCUGUGUUCCUCUCAGAGAGCUAACCUGUUUCAUGAGGCUGUGGAAUGUUCUUGCCUUUGUCCUCAGGCCUCUGCUUAAGUCACCUGGCUGGAUUACAAGCUGAAGUCAUGGAGAUGCCAGGAUAGAGGACCUGCCCUAGAGGAACUCCAGUCCAUCUCAUCUUCAUCAGGUGCUUGAUUUAGGAUCCAAGAUUCUUCAGGCUACCUGUGUUACGGAGAGAGGAAAAAAAAUCUCCCCUAGAGGAGGAUUUGACCUUUUUCAUCUGACCAUUUGUUUCUCGUUUUCAUUCUCUUUAAUGACUGUUACUCAAACUUUGCCUGUAGCUUUACACAUAAAGUACAUCCAGCAGGAAUUCCUGCUUUCCUGUAUGCUGAAGCAGGAGCUCUGGUAAUACCCUCUUUUUGUACAGAAGAGAGUCCAAAUGGAUAGAAGCCUCUACAACCUUCUGAGUUUAGCCUGGAGACUGAAGAAUAUUAUUUGAGCAAUAAUAGCAUCAUUCUGAAAGAUAAUAGCAGUGUUUAGAAGAAGGAUAUAAAAUCUAGAAUGAAUAUCUUGAUCCCUAUUUUUCUAGAGCUUUUAAAAAGUCUUACAGAGACCACUUCUGAAACAUUUUUAUAUGAAGUGCACAGUCAAGAGGAGACUUGGUCAGACAUAGUUUGACUUCUGCUAUGGACCAUAAAGUGACCUUGUUUUACUGGUUUCUGAGAGGAGGCAGAACAGCUUGUUCCAGCUGUGAGAAUCCUAAAUAAAUAAAUAGCAACCCCUCAAUUACUCCAGCAACUGAAACUAUUGUGAGAUGUCUGGUGGUGUUGGCUUAGCAAGGCAUAAUGAGGCAGGAUGCUGUGUAAACACAUCCAGCCACCCAGCAGCUGCAGUAUUGCCACCUAAUCAUUAUUUUCUUCAAGGUUCUUUCCAACUCCAAACAUUCUGUGAUUUUUUCCUUCUUAUGUGUUCUCUGCUUGAACUGAAUUCUUGAACUUUAGCAAUGCAAAUCCAGUUUUUUAUUUUUUUUAAAUACAGUUUUCAAUAAAUGCAAUAGGUGGAAUGAG